UGAAGUCUUGCAGCCGCUCAGACUUGAGGAGUGACAACUUACUAUGGCGGGUGCUCUUCAUCUGUUUGCUCUUCGCCCUUCCCAGUUCCGUGGACGGUAGCUGGACCGCAACUGGACUGAGCUCACAGCCGUUACAGUUUCCUCUCCAGGACGAGCCCGACCAACCGUCAACUCCCGCGACGGUAGCUUGGAUAUUCAAGGACAUUUUUAACGUUACCAUAGCUACUUUGGCCUUUUCUGUCGAUUAAGGGAAAUCCAGCGUGUGGUUCUCCGGUGCAAUGUUGUGGCCAUAUUUUGUAAACACGGACAGGAACGGCUGAUAUCAUAUAACACACUCCCGGGCUGAUGAUGUUUCUCUACGUGCCAUCUCUACAUGUCGUACCCGCACCCCUUCCUCUGCUGCUGAAGGGCCAUCAGACGGCGACGUAAAGGAAACCAGUUGCUGACUUUCGAUGCGUUCAUCUCAAUUAUGGCAUCGUUUCCAGACCUCAUAAAGUCGGGUUUGUGCUGAAAGAACACCACGAUACUGGUGGAAGUAGUGAAGGCAAAAAACGCGGUGAAAAGGCCAGUGAACUUUGAUUUGCUGAGUGCUGGAGUGUGUUGCAGCCAGAGGUGCAUCACUGCUGUGCAUCAGGUCCAGGAAGCGUCAAUGUGGACUUCAGCUGGUGAUUUGACAAGUCGCCUAUAGGAGCCUCCCAGAGUCUCUCCUGUCCCCUCUCCCCUUCCCUUCCCUCUGUCCCUCCCUCCCCCUUUCCCUUGUCAAUCUUCUCCCCGAUCCUUCUUUCCCCCCCCUCCAAGAUUCACCAUGCUUAUCAAGGAGUACCGCAUCCCCAUGCCCAUGAGUGUGGAGGAGUACCGCAUCGCCCAGCUCUAUAUGAUCCAGAAAAAGAGCAGAGAAGAGAGCUGUGGUGAAGGCAGCGGGGUGGAGAUCCUAGAGAAUAAACCCUACACAGAUGGACCGGGUGGGACGGGCCAGUACACCCACAAGGUCUACCACAUUGGCAUGCACAUUCCCAGCUGGUUUCGCUCCAUCUUGCCCAAAGCAGCACUGAGGGUUGAAGAGGAGUCCUGGAACGCCUACCCUUACACCCGCACCAGAUACACCUGCCCCUUUGUUGAGAAAUUCUCCAUUGACAUUGAGACCUACUACAAACCCGACACGGGCAACCAAGUCGAUGUCUUUAACAUGUCUGCAGUAGAGAAGAGACAGAGGACUAUUGACCCAAUCGACAUAGUAACAGAUCCCAUCGCUCCUCAUGAGUACAAAGCAGAGGAGGACACACGGCUCUACAAGUCAAACAAGACCCAGAGGGGGCCUCUGCAGGACGACUGGAUAGAAGACUACAACAAUAACCCAGGGAAGACCCCCAUCAUGUGUGCCUACAAACUCUGUAAGGUGGAGUUUCGCUACUGGGGCAUGCAGUCAAAGAUUGAACGCUUCAUCCAUGAUGUUGGACUGAGAAAGGUGAUGGUGCGUGCCCACCGGCAGGCCUGGUGCUGGCAGGACGAAUGGUACGGUCUGACAAUGGAGGACAUCCGGCAGCUGGAACUGGAAACCCAGCUGGCAUUGGCCACGAAGAUGGCCCAGUUUAGUCAGGCAGAGGAGGCCAUAGAGGCCAACGGAGGUGCUCCGUCUCCGGACAAAGACCAGGAGGCUAAAGAGGCGAUCAGCUCCAUUGAAGCUGAGGAGGUGGUCGUCAGCUCAGGAGGAGAGACUCUGCAGCCACGAGGUGUACUCACCAAGCAGUGGUCCACUUCAUCCAGAUCCUCCCGCUCAUCCAAGAGAGGAGUGAGCCCAUCACGUCACAGCAUCUCAGAGUGGAGGAUGCAGAGCAUAGCGCGAGAUUCCGAAGACAGCUCGGAUGAGGAGUUCUUCGACGCUCAUGAGGAUCUCUCAGACGGCGAGGAUGUCCUCCCAAAGGAAAUCGCUAAGUGGAACUCCAAUGACCUCAUGGACAAGAUUGAAGCUGCAGACAGAGAGGAAACUCCUGGUGAGAUGUUCAAGGAAAUGACAGUGGAUUAUGAAAGAGCAACCAGUCAGGACAGGCUAGAUGAGAUGCGUGGCUCUGUUAGCGGCCAAGCCGAUAGCUCUCCCAUUCCCACCAUCACGGUAACAAGGCACCAGUCAGAGAACUCGUCGCAGCAGUGUCUGCAGCCUUCCAAGAUCCAUGUGCUGAUCUUGGUUCUGCACGGAGGAAACAUCCUGGAUACAGGCGGGGGGGACCAGAACAGCAAGCAGGCCGACGUCAACACGAUUAGUACAGCUUUCGAAACAGUCAUGCGUGUUCACUACCCCGCUGCGCUGGGGCGCCUCGCCAUCCGCUUGGUACCCUGCCCUGCCAUCUGUGCCGAGGCUUUCUCCCUGGUGUCCAACCUGAGCCCAUACAGCUACGAUGAGGGCUGUCUGUCCAGCAGCCAGGAUCACAUCCCCCUGGCAGCUCUCCCCCUCCUGGCCACCUCUGCACCACAGUACCAGGAGGCCAUGGCCACCGUCAUCGUCAGAGCCAACCAGGUGUACACAGACUUCAUAAAGUCUCUGGAUGGGGCAGCGUUCUCCGGCCAGGUUUGCCUCAUUGGGGACUGUGUGGGAGGAAUCUUGGGAUUUGAUGCACUGUGCAGUAGCAAUCAGACAGUUAAUGAAAGCCAGAACAGCAGUCGCAGGGGCAGCGUCGUCAGUGUUCAGGACCAGGACCUCCUCUCUCCUGGCAUCAUUGUCAACAGCGGGCACGGCUCUGCCUCUCCGACCCUGGAGGGCAGCCGCCACCUCAGUCGGAGCAACAUCGACAUCCCUCGUGCCGGUGCAGGUGACGACACCAAGCGACAACUGCCACGCAAGAGAAGUGACUCCUCCACCUACGAACUGGACACAAUCAAACAACAUCAGGCCUUCCUGACCAGCUUACACUCCAGUGUUUUGCGGAGCGACGCAGUCUCGCGCAGGUCGAGCAGCAGCACUAUGCUGGAUGGAAGCUCCCUGGGGAAGUUUGACUUUGAGGUGUCCGACUUUUUCCUGUUUGGCUCCCCACUGGGCUUGGUACUCGCCCUGAGAAAGACUGUCGUUCCUAUGCUGGAUGUGGCCCAGCUGCGGCCUGCCUGUCAGCAGGUUUACAACCUGUUCCACCCAGCUGAUCCUUCAGCCUCCCGCCUGGAGCCUCUACUGGAGAGGAAGUUUCACCUCCUGCCUCCCUUCAACGUGCCACGUUACCAACGCUUUCCCCUGGGAGAUGGAAACUCUGCACUACUGGUGGAGACAGUCCAGAGCAACGCUCAGCUGCUACUUGACAGCGGGCCUCCCUUGUCCAUUCGCUGUCAGGAGACCAUCAGUGAGACCUGCAUCCCUGUGCCUGUGCUAAACUGGCAGGAGGGCUUCCUCAGAGCCACACCCGCCACUAUGGAGUCGGAUGUUGUUCAGUCUCAUGGUGGUGUCUUCAUGGACAGUUCGUACCCCUCAUCCCCCGUAACGGGCCCCCUCUCCCGGGGCCAGCGGCGGGCCAGUGAGGUCAGCAUUGCCAGCCAGGUCUCAGGAAUGGCAGACAGUUACACUGCCACCAACAUAGCCAACACAAAAUCAUUCCAAAUUAACCAAUCCAAAAAGUUCAGCCUUUUGUCCCAACUCGCCCUUUCUUCACAAAACAAAUUCUUCCUGAAAAGUCCUCCUAAGUCCCGUAAGAAAGCAGAGUCUGGCCAGGCCGAAGGAUCUCCUGAUGCAGAUCCAGAGCUGUACGGGGAGAUGGACAGUAGUGAAGGUCUAAGUCCCCUAGGCCAGUACGAGAACUGUUUCUCAGCCGGGCUGGACCGUGCUAUAUCUGAUCUGGUCUCACUGGACUCCCAGGCUGAAGUGGACCAAGUUGCAGCACGUUGGUGGGGCACAAAGCGGCUGGACUUUGCCCUGUACUGCCCCGAUGCCCUGACCGCUUUCCCCACAGUGGCUUUACCGCACCUCUUCCAUGCAUCAUACUGGGAGUCCACUGAUGUUGUGUCUUUUCUCCUGAGACAGGUCAUGAGGCAUGAACACUCUAGCAUCCUGGAGCUGGAUGGGAAAGAAGUGACUGAAUUCACCCCCUCCAAACCUCGAGAGAAGUGGCUCCGCAAGAGGACUCAUGUGAAGAUCAGGAACGUGACUGCCAACCACCGUGUAAAUGACGCAGUGUUCACAGAAGACACCCAGCAGGUCGUGACAGGUCGCUUUAUGUACGGCCCUCUGGACAUGGUCACCUUGGCCGGGGAGAAGGUUGACCUCCACAUCAUGACCCAGCCUCCGUCAGGAGAAUGGGUGUACUUCAACACAGAAGUGACCAACAGUAGUGGCCGCGUGUCUUUUAUCCUCCCAGAGGACAAACGUCUGGGCAUCGGAGUCUACCCUAUCAAAAUGGUUAUCAGGGGCGACCACACAUUUGCAGACAGCUACCUGACAGUUAUUCCACGUGGCACAGAGUUUGUGGUAUUCAGCAUUGACGGGUCAUUUGCUGCCAGUGUGUCAAUCAUGGGAAGUGAUCCCAAAGUGCGGGCAGGAGCCGUGGAUGUUGUCAGGCACUGGCAGGAUUUGGGCUAUUUGAUCAUCUAUGUGACAGGACGACCAGACAUGCAGAAGCAGCGGGUAGUGGCUUGGUUAUCUCAGCACAACUUCCCUCAUGGCAUUGUCUCCUUCUGUGACGGCCUGGUCCACGACCCGCUCAGACACAAGGCCAACUUCCUCAAGUCCCUGACAGAGGUUAACAUGAAGAUUUUCGCUGGCUACGGAUCAACCAAAGACAUCUCAGUCUACACCGCCAUUGGCCUCCCAGCCUCCCAAAUAUACAUCGUCGGUAGACCGUCCAAGAAAAUGCAGCACCAGUGCCAGUUCAUCACAGAAGGAUAUGCGGCUCAUUUGUCCCAGCUGGAGUACAGCCACCGCUCUCGGCCAGCUAAGUCCAGCACUGCACGCAUGGUGCUACGUAAAGGCAGCUUCGGCUUGGGUGCUAACAGCGACUUCCUGAGGAAGAGAAACCACCUGCUGCGCACCAUCUCCUCCCAACCGGCCCCCAGCUCCCCAACAGGCAGCAUCCACAACAGACCGGAACGCACACAGAGCCAGUCGGACGGCGAGCGGCUGGAGCGGGACCGGCUGGAGAGCGCUCACAGCUACAGCCAGGGAGCAGCACAGCGCAGCAUGAGCAUCACAGCUAACUGCUGGGGCCGCAGCAGCAGCACCAAGCUGGAACCAGGCAUUCUCAGCCCCAAAUGAGAUGAGGGAGACAGUAUGAGAGUACCUUCAGGAGAGUGACUUCAAAAUACAGUGCUGAGGAAAGAGACUCAUGACAAAGACAAAUGCAAAGAGUGAAAAACAGUUGGCUUGCACCAGAUGGGUAAAUACCACAAGGAAAACAACAGGUGCUACAAUCCACUCUUUAUAAACGAUGCCAGUCACACUCAUAGACAGAGAUAUUUAUGAACAGUCGCUGUAUUUAUUAUACAACACACACACACAACUCAACAGGCAUUUCAAGGAGCAUCUUCCUGAAACAGGAACAUGCACACAAAUAGAAAUAGCUUAUAGUAUAGGGAUCAAGACUGUUUCUACUGUUUAGUAAAUGUUUAUCUGUCUAUACAGCAGGCUUUUAGAUUGGAGAUGGUUACACAUACAAGCACCCCAAUGCUGUAUUCUUAAGCAAACAACACAACAUGGUUACAGACAGCCUGUAUCAGGUCCAAGCGCUGAUACUGUAACUGACUACUGCCACCGCAAGCACAGCAAUUACUAUAGAGAUCAACUUUGUGCUUUAUAGUUUUAAAGCCACGUCCUUUUUAUGUGAUCAUCAGAUAUGUUCACGUCUGGGAGCAGAGCUGAGAAUCAGGUAAAACUGGAUUGAAUGUGUUUCUUUUCUCAGUGUGACCAAACAAACAAUCAUUUAGCCGCCAAAAUUGAUCUUUUUCAGGAAAAGCAUUAUCAUUUAUUAUCAUUAAAAAAAUAUUUGUUUAUUCUAUAAGAUAACAUGAAAUGAUUUAAUCAAGAUGUACUUCUUGUUGCAUUUACAUACAGCAAUGACUAUAUAAUGUUUCACCAAAACCAUACAGUCCAGUUUUGCUUGUUUUCUAGCCGACCCUCAGACCAAAGAACCAUCCAAAUAUCACACGAAGCAAACUGCGAAAUUACCCUUUAACUACGGCAGCAGCUGAAACUGUUCCUGGGAUUUUAUAACAUUUCACCACACUGCGCUGCUGAACCUUCCUACAUCAGUAAUGUAUGACUCAGCUACUGCACGGUUAAUGUGCCAAAGCAAACAGUAUAGAAGGAUAUGCUGUACAUGAACAGAGAGGGAAUGAUUAAGGUAUCCUGUGUACAAAUGGAAUAGAUUGUGUAAGUAUGUAGUUGAAUGGCUUAACAAGGCUUGUACAUAAUUGUUAUAUUACAGUGCAGAUCUGGUAUCUGGUCCACUGAAGACCAGCUUCAAGUGUCUUCUUAACUCUGGGGGUAAACACCGCCUCAUUCAGGAUACACUUUAAUGAUUGAUGAUGAUAAUUAUUGUUAUUUAUGAUUAUUGAUAUUUUAAAAUUGUAUUGAUUUCGUGAACAAAAUGUGUUUUAAGAUUACUUUAGCUAUGUUGUGUUUUUAUUUUCUUUCUUCAAACUUCAGUUGCAGCAGCCAAAACUCAAAGAGGUCUUUGCCUGGCACAGUAUUGUACUUUUAUUAUGUUAUCUUGCAGAUCACAAGAAUUGUAUCAACAGAACUGCUAUCUUGUGUCAUAUAUUGUAUGUUUAUUAUCUAUUUUGGAAAUUUGGGAUAUGGCUUUUCUCCGGUUAUCCCUAAGCUGUAAAUGAGGCGUUGAAUGUGCUCAUAGAUAAUCCUCCUUAGGUUAAGGUCUCUUUUCUCUGUUCUGCUGCGCCUUUAGAGAAGGAAAAAUCAGCAAAUAGUAAAUCCUGUACAAUACGCUGUCAGAAGUAGGAACGCAGAGCUAAGACUUGCUUUUUGCUGUUUCCUUUUAUUUCUGAAAUGGGUAGAAGUUUUGUGAUUUAUUCAUUCAAAUGAUGUGUAUUUGCCCCUCUGAUAGGCAUGUAGAGAGCUGACUGCAAUGGACCAAUAUGGGCUCAAAUGUAAGGGAAACGUGCAAUAUUUCUCAACCGCACCACAAGAUCAAACAGACUGUGUAAAGGAAAUGCCACAGUGCAUUGACAAUCAGUUCAACAGGCACAUAUUCUACAGACGUCAAACUGCAGAGGGAAUCUGAACACACCUGAGCAGCACUCGACACCUCACAGGGUACACGUGCAACAUUUGUCGUCCAUAAAAAAAAGUAGACAUCUCUCUCAAGAAAGUACCACUGACCUGAUAAUGCUAAAUAUGACAUUACAUGUUCUCCUGGGGACAGACGAUCUCCAGGCUUUGAAGUCACUUACAUUUAAAAGUGACCCAGAAAUCAACACUCGGUUGUUUAUCUGGAAUGCAGAUCUUCGACAAACCUUCAUAAAGGUAAUGUUAGAACUGAGAGGAUCCACUAUAUGGUCAUUUUGGAGGCUGUAGUUUGUGGUGCUGUUGAAUUGUACAGUGUUUUACUGAGAGGUGUUUCCCUUUUAUAUCAAUGAGGUGAGACUUAAGGCUACAUAACUGAGUGUACAUCCCAACACGUAGGUACCUAUAACUUCUUUAAUCAGGGCUGUUUCUAGCUAUCCUGGUGAAGAAAGAUUUAAUUACAAACUGUACUACAGUCGCUCACCAGAUUUAUAUGAGAUUCACCAUAUAUAAAACUCUUUUAAAAGCUGCUGAUUAAAGAAAAUGGCUGUUUGUACAUUGAUAGUAAUUCGGGGGGAAAGGAAAGACAAUGCUGUAAAACAUGCAAUCAUUUAAAGUUGGCAACUACAGAACCAUAUGUCCUUCCUUAGAGAAUGUAAAGACGACGCGGUGCGGUUAUCUAAGUUUGGAUACCUCUGGGCAGACACUCGUUUUGAUUCUGCUACUGACACACACAUGACCAGAGGCCUUACAUUUCCCUUUUCUGCCUUACAUUGACCAUUGUGUUGCGAGGCCUAGUAUGAAUGCUGCUCACUCCCGAAUUGACUUCAUGGAAAAGGAUACACUGUUUACUUUGGAAAUAGGAAAUGCACAAUUUGUCUUAUAAGGCUUUGGCUUGUUUUCACUUUAAAAAGGAAAUGUACAAUGGAGAGAUCUAUUUGACACAUUUCACCAACAUUAGGCAAUCCGUCACUGUCUCCAGCUCUGUUCAUGCAAUGCCACCACUGUUACAUCAACAGUUAGAAUGCAUAGGCUGUAUAUAAAUACGCUACAUACCUUGGUAAAAUAUUUCAUUGUACAGGGUGUGUCUCUUGUAGGUUUUUGGAUAACUUAAUUUUAUCCAUUCCCUUGUGUUUUUAUGUACAGUGUAUAAAGAACAUAUAAAGAUCAA